AUGCAGGCAGCUACAGUUAAUGCAGCGGAUGAACCCCCCUCCAUGUUGUGGGGAUUGGACCCGGUUUUCAAGGCGUUUGCCAGACUCUACAUCAGAGAUAUUUUGGAAAUGAAAGCGUCAACUCAGGUGCCAGAUAUUUACUUUUACAACUCUCAUCCAAUCUUCAACGUCGAUGUUCUGGGGACAGUCGUUUACAAGAGAGAAAAAGAAGACUUCUUCUCUUACGGAGUUGAUGAUGGUACUGGUGUUAUAAACUGCCUCUGUUGGAAAAAUGACCUGUACAAAGAAGAAGACUCUGGUCCAUCAGGAGGAAAGCACGCUGCUGGAGCUGAAGGAAGCUUCAAUCUACUCGCCGAGCUGAAGAAGCUGAGAGAAGCCCAUAAGAACCGCUCCUGCCUGGAAAUCGGAGAGCUGAUCCGAGUCAGAGGAACGCUGAAGACGACAAGGCAACAGAGAGAGAUUUCUGCUUCUGUUUACUAUAAAGUGAAUGAUCCCAUGAUGGCGGUGCAGAUAGCGUGGAUGAUGGAGGUUCCUCAGCUCUACAGAGAAUAUUAUGACCUUCCAGUCCAGCUGGACGCCAGUGUCACAAGUGACCCCUGCUUGACCCGCCUCAGCCAGGCAACAUGCCUCAUUAAAGAUUUCCUGGGACAGAGCACAGUGGCCAAAUUCAGACCCUAUGACAUUCAGGAUCUUCUGGAGCCUCUGAUUUCUAGAAAACCUCAAACUACAUCAGCAGAACAGCAGCCUGCGGCAGGGCCGUCUCUGCGUGAGCAACUGCACCAGCUCUUACAGGACGUCCUGCAAACUUUACAGGAUGAGGGUACUGUGUACCGCAGAGUAAAGUCUCAGGAUGAAGUCUACCAUGUUACUGAACAAGACAAAGAUCUACGCAUCACUGUAAAAGACAUCAUCAGGGAGGAUUGUAAGAUAGAUAAGUACAUGGAGAAGGGCUGCCACGUUCUGCACAUUCUGUCUGCAGUCAGGCAGCGACACAGCCUCAACGUGAGCAAGGCAGCACUGGAGGUCGUCCUUGACUCGCUAGAGUGCUCCAGCGACAUCAUCAGCACCAGUGACAACCAUUACACCGUCAUCUAAUGGAAACACUCUUGCAGGUGUGCUAAAGGUUUUUAGGAUAAGCUUAUCUAAAAGAACUUCCAAAGACACUGCAGCUCAGAGAAGAGUUCAGGACUGUUGUAAAUAUCAGUCUUUUGUUUCUUUGAGGUCAUGGGUUGCUACGUUGGACGUGUUGUACACUGUUUUGUAGAUCAUCAGUUACCAGUAAGUUCUCGUCUGUACGUCACACUGCAAACUUAAAAUGAAAAUGAAGAACAUAAACAUAAAUCGUCUCAUCUGAAUUAUGUGCUGAAAAGAAAAAAUAGAAGCUUUUUCAUUUUAUUUUGCUUUGUAAGGAGAGGCUCUUCAGCUACGCUUGUGGUGGCAUACAGCAUACAUCACUAAUAACAAAAAAACAAAAAACAAGAACUGGGUGCACACGUUUUAAUUUAUUUUUGAUCUUCUUCUCUUAUCCACUCCACAUUGGGUCGGAAUUAUACCUACAGAUUCAAAUAUAUGCAUACAUUCACCUAAAUCUUUUAAUAAGUGGUGCUGAAGGUUCUACGGUAUCUUUUAAUGUGCCAAGCCCGAUUAACUCCUCGUUGGUGAUCAUGAUCGACUACAACUGGUAGUUUCUCUUUGUCAGCACAAAAAAAGAUGUAAGAUAAGAUAAGAAAAGCCUUUAUUCAUCCCUCAAUGGGGAAAUUUCAGUGUCACAUCGCAGCAUAGAACAACAGGAAUAGAAGGGCAUGCAACAAAACAACAAGCAUCUCUCAAAAACAAGAACCAAAAAAAGCACUGAGUGCCGGGUAAAGCUGAGGCUACCAUUGUUCAGUUCAGUGCUGCGCUGCCGGGAUGUGAUCAGGUAAAAUGACUUCAGCGUGAAAUAUACGAUAAGUUACUCUGAUAUUUACAGUAUGGGCAGGUCAAAAUA